CAAUUCUACAAGUUCUGCCUUCCCGCAAGUACUUUUCUCCUCUAUCAUAUCCUCUAUCAUAUCCUCUAUCAUAUCCUCUAUCAUAUCCUCUAUCAUAUCCUCUAUCAUAUCCUCCUCCUAUUUUUCAACCCCCAGCAGUUUCUCGCCCAGCCCUCCUCUCGGCGCUUUCUUCGCAAGCAAUUUCCAUGAGCGACUCACAGCCGAACCCCACUGCUGCAGCGGCGGAGGAGGUGACCUGGCAAGUCGCCUUCUUCGCACUCGUUCCGCUCGCGCUUGGUGCCAUGGUGCAGCCUAUUGGCCGCGUGAUGGACAUGCCCCUACGACACAGCUUCUGGCUGCGGUCAUCGCCCAUUAUCUGCGUUGCCGACAUGCUGCACUUUUGCAUCCGCUAUGCCGACCGCUGCAUCCAAGACCGGCGAUUCCUAGACCAGUUCAAGGCCGAGCUCUCAGACCGGUUUCCCAAUGGGCUCCUGGAUCCAGAUCAAAAAGCUGUGGAGAAAACGGCUAUAGUGAGGUGGAUCAUGAUUCUUCUAGGCGUGGUCCCAUGCCAGACCGUUAAGCUGGUUGCUAUGAAAGGGGUGCCCAUUUCAAAAGCAGUCGCUCUCGCCUUUUUCCUAGCCAUGGUAUUUGGCGAAGCAGUCAACCUCUCCGCCUUAGCAUUUUUGACUAAACACGAGGAUCCUAUUCAACCAUCGACUCCUGCAGAUCAGCCGGUUAAACUAGCGACUCUCGCCGACAAGCCUUACAGGAAAUCCCGAUUAGCAUCCUGGAUCUUGUGGAUGCUUCCACGUCUGGCGGAGGCGAUUCACUUCUUGGUGGUACAAUACAUUAUUUUAUGUCUCUGGUCCAUCAGUGCGGCGGAAUUCUUCAGCUUCGCUAUGCUUAAUACAGUCUUCCAAGUUGGCACACUCACUCAGUCUGGGAACAUUGAAAAGGGAGAACUCAAUAUGUUUCAAAACUCUGGCUUUGGCCCAAUUUUCGUUAUGCUAGGCUGUGGGCACCGAGUGUUAUUUUCUUAUGUCAAUUCUGAUCCAAAGAGUGUCUUUAGCAAGGUGGUUGCAGUUGCCCAUCUCAUCUGUUGCGCUCCCAUUUUUAUCGUGUGGUCAUCAAUCGAGGCGCUGGAAGCAAUCUCCGAGACGACCAUGGGAAGCAGAAUGGGUGUUCCCACGGACAUGGUUGGACAGGCCAUGGUAGUGUUCUUCCUUGUCAAUGUCACCGCUUGUCUUUUGGGGUACGCUUUCCUGUUUGAUGGGUCAGGCACUGUGAAUCCAAGGUGGACAGGCAUAUUCGGGUAGAUAUUAGACCGUAUGCAGGCGACAACUGUUGCAAACUAUGCACACCCACUACACAGGGCUGCACUGGCCCACUCACAAAAGAG